AUGCUGAUCAACGUGGAUGAUCUCAAGCACGAAGAUCCGGACGAAGAGAGUCUGUUCAACCAAAUGAUUACUAGAGCCUUGCAAGUACAAGCCGUUGACAAUCAUAUUCUCGAGCUCUUCCGAGACCGAACUGAGAGCGGACGAAUAUUUCAGACGCUCGAUGUGGAGGAACUAGGGAAUAUCAUCAGAGAAGUGACUAUUACGAUAAAGAACAUGACAGAGGCAGAGAUAUUGGAAGCACUAUGGGAAGAAUUCGAAACUCUGGAGCUGCAUGGUUGGCUAUGA